AUGGUUCAUGUUAAACCAUCUUUGCGUGGCCCAAAUCGUGGCAGCCACAUAACGGGAAGAAGUGUGCAUAACCAACGAAUCGAGCGUUUGUGGAGGGAUGUGUUCUUGGGUUGUACAUACCUGUUUUACUAUCUGUUUUAUUAUAUGGAGAACUGUGGUAUUCUAGACCCUGAUAAUGAAGUUCACCUAUUUGCCUUGCAUUAUGUCUACUUACCACGAAUACAAAGAAAUUUGGAUCUGUUUACUGCUGGUCACAACAGGGGCCCACUGAGCACGGAGCACAACGCCUCACCUGAGCAGUUGUUUAUUCAAGGCAUGUUAUCAGUAGCAAACAGUGAGCAGAGAACAGCAGUUGAAUUCGCUAAUCAGGUAAAACUAUUUCUCUUUCGCAAAAUGUUUCAGGUUAUGUUUGGUAGGGAACAAAUAUUAGGUACUUUUUGUUGUUGUUUUGGCAAAAAUGUUGUCUAAACAUUCCUCCAUAGUUAUAGGUAGUACGUGAAGGCUACAACACAGUCACGUCACCACUUCACGUAGUAUUAUUGUUGUUUUAUUGUUGUUUUUAUUCAUGUCGUUAAUUUUCAGAGUGAAAUUGAUGCAUAUGGCAUUGAUCUGGAUGGACCUGCACCUUCCGAGGAAUGGGACGGUCCAAUUAAUGAUGAUGUAGGAACUGUUGAAGUGCCUUCUACAGAAUGUCCACUAGUAAACGAAACAUGGCAAUUACUAUCAGCUACUAUUGGUCCAUUGAGCAUCUCAGAUGUCCAUGGCGUGGACAUAUACCUGGAAACAAUCACGCUCAUUCAAAACAUGAUAUAGUGUUGAUGUGCUUCAAC